AGAGACAAGCAACAGUUGUCGCGCUAAUAAUACCCUUUCUAUAACUGUGGCUUUAAGAGGGGUGACCCAUAGUCCUCCGAGCAUCCACCUAUCCACAGAAAGCAGCGAGAAAUAGAUAUCGCAGAUCCUAUCUAGUGGAAGUUGUUGUUUUAGGGUUGUGACUUUGUUUGUUUUUUGCGCGCUUUAUACGCAUUUCGGUUCAGUUGCGCCGAGAUUUACGCGCCCGUGCGUGUUACUCCUUUAAGAAGCUGUCAUCGGGAUUAGAGCGAGGGGGUUUUACGCGGAGGAGGAGGAUCACCGGCCACUCCACCCUGCUGUCAGGCAAAAGGUCUCCCUCUCUCUCGCCCGAGUUAUCCGGGGGUGGUCGACGCUUGAGUAUACUAGGGGGUCCCAACAUGGCUGAGAUUGGGAAAGGCGUCACAGCCGGGAAACUGGCCAUCAACGUGCAGAAAAAGUUCACAAGAGCGCAGGAGAAGGUCUUGCAGAAGCUAGGAAAAGCAGACGAGACCAGAGAUGCUGCCUUUGAAGAAAGAAGAAGAAGAAGGAAGAUGCCCUUUGAAGAAACGGUUGGCAGUUUCAACAAACAGAUGGUGGAGGGUGCAAAGCUGCAGAAAGACCUAAAGGCCUACCUACUGGCAGUCAAAACCAUGCAUGACGCGUCGCGGCGUCUGCAGGAGUGUUUGGCCGAGAUGUACGACCCUGAAUGGUUCGGCAAGGAGGAGGUGGACUCCAUGGUGGAGGACACAGAUGCCAACUGGACAGACUACUAUGAGAAGCUCACAGAUGAAUCAUUGCUGUCCCUUGACACAUACCUAUCUCAGUUUCCUGAUAUCAAGGCUCGCCUGGCGAAGCGCGAGAGAAAGAUGGUGGACUUCGACAGCGCCCGGCACCACUUCGCCUCCAUACAGAAGGGAAAGAAGAAGGACGAGGCCAAGAUCGCCAAGCCCGCCGCCCUGCUGGAGAUGGCGGCCCCCCUCUGGGCCCAGGGCCUCCUGUCGGCCCACCAGGUGGCCCAGACCCACCUCUCAAAGAACCAGGCUGAAGAGGAGCUGGGCCGCGCCCAGAAGGUGUUUGAGGAGCUCAACGUGGAGCUGCAGGACGAGCUCCCCGUUCUGUGGGACAGUCGUGUUGGCGUGUACGUUAACACAUUCCAGAAUCUUGCCAGCAAUCAGGAGAAGUUCCACAGAGAUAUGGGCAAGCUCAGUCAGAACCUGAAUGAUGUUAUGACCAAGCUGGACGAGCAGAGACUUGACAAAAAGAAUGGUAGUGCCUCGGUGAAGCCAGAAGAGGCCAGCAGCAGUGAGGGGGCAAACCACAGCGUGGCCGGUGAUUCACAGCCAGCGAAGCGACUCUGUCCUCCUCCGAGCCGACCCCCAGCCAGAAUGUCCCUCACCCCGAGCCCGGGGCCCGAAGACGACGAGUCCCCUGAGACCGCCCCCACCUCCACCACCUCCGUCACCUCCACCUCCCCUAUGAGCACGGCGCAGCAAGAGCAGCCCUCUAUGGCCCCGCCGGAGCCCCACACCCCAGUUGCUGACCCCGCCCCCCAGGGGAGCCAUGGCGACUGGGGAACGGCGGGUGGUGGUGGCGGAGGAGGUGAUGGAGGUGGUGUUGCCCCCGACGACGGCGCAGACUACACAGAGUCGUUGGAGGGUCCGCGUGACGAAGACUCCUCAGAUGAACGGCGCUCGCUCGACCUGCGCUCGCUCGACCAACGCUCACUCGACCAGCGCUCGCUCGACAAGCCUGGACACGAGGAAGACUGGGGGGCCCAGGAGGAUUGUGGGGGAGAAAGAGGAGACCAGACCGCGGUAACCAACGGCGACGGGGAUCUCCCUGAGGGCUUCCUCUACAAGGUGAAGGUGUUGCAUGACUACGCUGCCACCGACGGGGAUGAGUUGGAGCUGAAGACCGGGGACAUGGUCCUGGUGAUGGCCUUCGACAGCCCCGACGAACAGGACGAUGGAUGGCUGGUGGGGGUGAAGGAGUCCCACUGGCUGCAGCACAAAGACAUCUCCAUCAAGGGGGUUUUCCCGGAAAACUUUACCCAGAAGGUUUGAGGGUCAAGUCUCCGGCUCCAAACCCCGACAGAUCCAAGCCCACCUCCGCACCACCUCACACACCUUAGACACGGGAUGCAAACCGCUGAACCGCAGCAAGAGCGGCUCUGUGUUGGGUAGCGGGGAUUAUCGAUGCACAACGAAUGUUGGCAUUUUAAUAAUAAUAAUAAUAAUAAUAUGUUUAUUUGAUAUUGCGCCUUUCUCACACUCAAGGUCGCUUUACAGAUUCAUGAGAAAACAUGAACAAGACAGAGCAACAAGAAGUUCAACAACACAAAUAUAAAUAUAAAUAAAUCAUAGAUACAGAGGGUCUAUCCAUCGGAUUGGGGGUAGGGUUGUGUUAUCGAUCAAUUGACCGAUUGAAUGAUUAUGUGGGCUGGGGGGAAACUGCUUGUUGAAAUGAACGCAUGAACACAUGAAUGCACACUCCAGGUAACCAUCUUUAAAUGUUAACUCUACUUAUUGAACAUGAAACAUAAAACCCAAAUGUAACUCAAUUGCCCAUUUUUCUUUUGAUUAUUUCCGAUGGUAUUUGCAUAUUUUUUAGGGUUCAAUUAGAAAAGUGUGUUGGUCGUACCUUCACAAAUGUUUGGAAUUCUUCGUGAAUGUCCUGUUUUUAUCAAAUAUCCUGUGGAUUUGAAAGGGUUUCAACUGCAUGAAUUAUUUGUUUUUAAAUAUUUGUGAUUAACGCAGCGAUAAUGACAAUCUACUACUUAAAAAUAAACUACGACAUAAACCAAAUGUUUUUUAUUGGUGUUGGCCUUUAAAAAAAUCUAAGUGCUUCAUCUGUGAAUCUUAACAUGAUAAGCAUUCAUUUCAAUUUGUUUAAUGUCAUGUUUGAACAUGUACCUGUCCAUCAUCUAUAGAAGAACAAAUCUUUUACCGGCAGUGGAACUGGUUCUAACUGGUGUUGCUAAUUCACAAAAUCACAUACACACAUAGAGUGAUAAUUACAAAGCCCCAUUAUUUCAUCCAAUUCAAUUAAAUCAAGCUUUUUAUUGUUCUCUAAAAAUAUGCCAAUGGUUUGAAAUAAAAAGUUUUAAAUAAA